AUGGAUACAUUUGUAAUAAAAAAGACUCCCUCUCACAGAAAAAGGGGUCAUAUGGAAGAAUGUGCAGGGUCCUCAGAUCUGAGUUCUUCUUCUGAGAGAGAGGUAAAGAAGAAGAAUACAUCUCCUGAUUCUUUACUGGAACAAUGCUAUAUUUGGAAAAGAAUAAGAGCAGUGAACCUGAACUGUGAUUAUACUAUUCUCUUUAAUAAGAUAGAAGCAAAUGAGAUCUAUCUGCAGCUGGAACAAGAAAUAGUAUAUUUUUCAGGGGAUCUUAGUAAAGUUCACGUUUUUGGAAAAUGGCAUACUGUACCCAGAAAACAAGUAACUUAUGGAGAUGAGGGGUUGAGUUACACAUUUUCCGGCAUCACAUUGUCUCCAAAGCCCUGGAUUCCUGUCCUGGAUCGUAUAAGGGACAGGGUGAAACAGGCCACAGGGCACUCCUUCAACUUUGUUCUGAUUAACAGGUACAAAGAUGGGAAUGAUCACAUAGGUGACCACAGAGAUGACGAGAAGGAGCUUGUCCCACAGAGUCCUAUUGCUUCUGUGUCUUUUGGAGCCUGCAGGGAUUUUGUCUUCCGGCACAGAGACGCCCGCAGCAAAAAUUCCAUAUCUCAAAUUCAGCCCGUGAAGCGAGAACUGGAACAUGGAAGCUUGCUUAUGAUGAAUUUUCCAACCAAUGUCUAUUGGUAUCACAGCCUUCCAGUAAGAAGGAAAGUGAUUGCUCCUAGAGUUAACUUAACUUUCCGUCAACUUAUGUCACAGAACCAGAGAAAAACAGAGCCUGGGAAAUAG